AUGCCUUUUCUGCAGAUGUUCCACAACGAUUUCGGUCACUUCAUGGGCCACGUGAAGGCCAAGGCAGGCAUACGAAGGGAGAGAACACCGUUUGUGCUGACCAAAGAUUUCAUGAACGCCGUAACAGGGGGCGAUGCCGGACACAAGGAGAAAGUUACAGAAUUAAUGCUUAUGUGCUUCGAAUUGUUCAUGACGAUUCGUCGGAACGGUACGUUAUUCCUGACGCUCCUGAACUUGAUGUCGCAUUGUAACCUACCGGAACUGAACUGCCAGGAGGAUAUAACCUACUGUCGAGCAAGACUCGGCAUGGACAAACCAGAUCACGAGGUCGCGAAACAGUUCUUCCUGGACCUCUACAGCUCGUACAAGAAACAAUGGACCGUCAACCUGAACUUCUUUUUCCACAGGAUAAACAAAGCUGUGAACAUGAAAUCUCCUAGUCAGGAAUGUUUAAGGUCCAAUCAAUCACGGUCAACUUCCGCGUCACACAUUCUGCGAACACUGCAUAGGUCGAUUAAACAUGAUUGGAAUACAGUUUGUUUGAACACCAACGUUGUGAUCGGUCGUCGUCGAUUUUUGAUUUACCAUUAA